CUUUUGGGUACUUUUACCUGCACCGAAGCUGUAUCAUCCAUUUCGGCGUUGUUAAGAUUUGUGUCCACUGGUUUCACUAAUUUCGGCAUUUCUACGCAGUUCACUUUUAACACCCACAAUAAACGUAAACAAACUAAGAUUACAUAUUCAGAUGGCGCUUGCCCCGCACUUGCGCACCAAGCACUGCUACCAAACUUCAAAAUCUAGGGGAAUUCGUUGUUGCUUAUGAUGAAUUGACAAGUGACAACGUGUCCUUUCACUUUCAGUAAUUUAGUCAUACGUGCAUCUUGUUAAUUUUCUCAUCGACGACGACCAAAUUUUGUUUUAACGCCUCAUCGCUUACGUAUAAUGGAGACGAAACCGACGAAGGCCGAAAUUGAGGCAGUCUUUACCCGUCUACGCUCGAUACCAGCGAACAAGGUGUGUUUCGAUUGUAACGCUAAAAAUCCAACAUGGUCAUCUGUGACUUACGGCGUUAUCAUCUGUUUGGACUGCUCAGCAGUGCACAGAAACUUGGGAGUUCAUUUAACAUUUGUCAGGUCAACACAGCUGGACACUAAUUGGACAUGGGUACAGUUGAGGCAGAUGCAACUUGGUGGCAAUAAUAAUGCUCAACAAUUUUUCCAACAACACAAUUGUGUGACUACUGAUGCCACUAAGAAGUACAACUCUAGGGCUGCACAACUUUACAGGGACAAAUUACAUCAUCUGGCACUGAAUGCAGUUAAAAACAAUUCUGAGAUUAGCAGUUUGCUGAUUGAUAGCAAGCAUUCCAAGCUUCACAUAAACGCGUACGUCGAGGAGAAGGUUGAGGAGAAAGAGGUGGAUUUCUUCAGCGAGCACGAAAAAUUUGCCACUGCUUCGGAAAACACUGGGAUUAGUCAAGAAAUUAAAGAAUCCAAAGUUGUUGCGAAACAGGAACCAAUUCAGAAUGAUCAGAAACUGGAUGGUCCAAAAGUUGAUUUUUCAACUGCUGCCGAUGCAGGUGAAGUUAGAAAAAGUACGAUUGGUAUUCGGAAAGUGCAACCAAAGAAAUCGGGGUUGGGAGCUAAAAAGGGAGGUCUUGGUGCAACUAAAGUGAAAACCAACUUUGCUGACAUUGAACGCGAAGCAGAACUAGCCGAAGAAUCGCGCCUACGCGCCCAGGAAGAGGUCGUCAAGCAAGCGGCCAUUACCGUCCAGGAAAAGAUUGAACAGCAGGCGGCGAUGCGACUGGCAUAUCAAGAUUUAAGCGCGCAACAGACGAAGAAAGAAGAAAUGAUGAAGAAGACAGAUCCGCGCAAAGCCGAACAGAUGGAGCGACUUGGUAUGGGUGUAAAUAAUCGUACCGGUGUCAGCCACUCGAUGCUCACUGAGAUGAAAACCAUUGAGCAAGAGAAUCUGCAAUCGACGCCAAGUAGUCUUGGAUCGCUGGGAAAACUGCGCUUAGACGACAACGGGUUCGACAGUUACAACUACACGUUUAGCAUGAAUCGAAAUGCAAGUGGCGGUUUUUCCAGCAGCAAAGAUUACUUCGCUGAUAUGAAGGAUUUUAACAGCAGUAGCAACUCUAGCAACCAACAAGAUCUGUGGGUCAUUGUCGAUGAUCCACCUAGUAGCAAACCUACGAAAUAUGAUUAUGACAAACCAGUGGAGAGAGAAAGAGAAAGGGAUAGAACACCAAAGAAAACUUACGAUGAUGUCGGCACUGGUGAUGCAGCUCAAAAGAAAUUUGGCAACGCAAAAGGCAUUUCUUCUUCGCAGUACUUUGACGACGGUGUAAAGGACUACGAGACACAGGCGAAUUUGAAUCGCUUCCAAGGCUCUUCCAGCAUAUCGUCAUCGGACUUUUUUGGCACAGGCGGUCAAUCCAACCAUCCGAAUAAUUCGUUCCAAGCGCCCGACCUCGAGGACGUGCGUGAGAGCGUCCGCCAGGGCGUCACCAAAGUGGCGGGCAAACUCAGCUCGCUGGCCAACGGCGUCAUGUCCUCGCUGCAGGACAAAUACGGUUACUAGUGUAUAGUUUAAGCGUUAUUAUACCAGUUUAUAACCGAUUGUGUCGCGACGCCUACAUUGCCAACGAUGACGUCGCACACAUCCUAGGGACAAAGUUAAUGAUAAAGAAAUACUGGGCCGAAACUGUAAGAUAACUUGUUACAUUUUAAGACUUAUUCACGCGAGAUAUUGAAUGCUAAUUCAAUCCAAUCCAGGACGCUUUUUUGACUUGUGUAGAAGUUUUUAAUUUGUACAAAACAACGUGACUUGUCGAAACGGACGACAUUCUCUCGCACAUCCUCUUGCAAUAUUUAUUGAUUAUUGUGCAAUGUGCCUUGAGAAGGAACGUCAACCAAUCAUGUAAAGUGUUGCUGUUUAUUUCCCCAACUUACGAGCGCGGGCGAUAUGAAUACUGCAUAUACGGAGUAAAAUUUAGUGCAAUUAGAGUUUAGGGCAUCUCGAGCGUUUUAUUAUUAUUCAUUGAUUGAACUUUGUAAAAUACAGAAAAUUAUAACAUAUUUGAAAAGUGAGUGCAUUUAAAGAGGGGGUGUGCCAUUGUGUGAUCCUGCUGAGGUUUUUCUCAUCAAGGUUUAAAUUAUAUUUUAAUCUUAGCUUUUUCUUUGUGUCUGUUGUAUUAUUAUCUUAUUUAAUUGAAUGCACCUAACACAAUGGUUUGAUAGCACGUUUUUAGCAUCUUUUGUUUGUGAAUUAUAUGGAACAUUAAAACUUGAAUUAAGAUUU